CACAUUCCAAGACUAUUUUCUGGGGAAACCCGCCGCCGGUGACCGUUCAUCCUGAUGCCGAUAGUGGCCCUUUUAUACAACAGUGUUAGCUCAUUUUUCCCUUUCCCGGAGACUUCAGGUCGAAGCGGGCCGUGUCGUCCAUCGAGAGGAACCAGGUCGCCAAAGAUACGACGUCGGUUGACAUCAAAGUCAGCAGCUCUCUCGGGCCGAAAACAACAACAAGUAGUCUUCGUCUGGCCAUCGGUGAAGUGAAUGACCAAGAGCAAAGACCCAGAGGAGAUACUACCUUGUGGC